UCAUCAUCAACAUAGAACCACUAUGAGGCGACUAUGAGAUAGCCGCUGCUAGACUGGUGUCAAGCGCUCCUGCCGCUGUAGGCUGUCGUGUAUCAGGCGCUCUUGCCUUCCAUCUAUAGCAAGCGCGAGGGUGUAAACCCGCUCCUGCCACAGUAAGUUGUCGUGUCGUAUAUCAACCGCUCCUUCCCAACCAAAGCCAAAACUACUACCAUUCAUGGCAAGAGCGAGGCUGAGGCUUCAACUGUGCUCCUGUCACAGCAAGAACGAAGCCGUGCCUGCCAUAGCCAUAUGAACGGCAUUUAACUUCGCCUUUCCCGCCAUAUUCUCCAUUCACAAACUUGCCAACUACACAAAUGUCGACAGCUGUCGUGGACACGGUGAAGUCCCAGAUUUCUUUCUCACUCUGUUCACCUCUGUAAUUUCCAUUUACUUGACGAUGCCACCCCUGGUAUGAUGGCAACAGCCGCGGAGUGCCUGAUGAGCCCCUGUUGGGCAUACCUGCAUAUACAGUCCAGUGCUUGGCUAUAUCACCACCUAGCGAAUCAUCUUGAUGUUUGACGAUUGUGCAUAGCCUCGCAUCGCCAAGCCUUCUCUGGUUAACAUCCAUGAGUUCAGUCUCCAGCAUCGUCGAACGAUAACCACAAAACUGCCGACGCCGAAGUCUCAGCUUCAGACCUCAACAAUGUCUCAAGUCGCGCCACAAGUUGACGUCGGCGGUCUCACGCUCAAUGGACUCGCAGCAUUCGCACCAGUCCUCUCAGCCCUGUCUGCUGACGACGUGACACCACUGGCCAUGGUUCAGAUGGAGAACUUGGGCUCUCUUUUUCAUAUCAACGGGCAAUACGCUCUCCAGGUCCCAGAUCUCCUUCAGCGAUGCAAAAGCACUCGGCUGGAUCGGCUCGGUCUACUCGUUGGCUGGCGGAAAGGCGAUUCGGCGUCGUUGAUGGCCCAGUCUGCGGGAGGUCAGGCUAUUUCACUACUUUCAAUGUGCAUACUAAAUCUCUACGAUGAGUUUAAUACAGGACGACUACUUUCUGGGCUGAGCAAAGCCAUGCUGUCCCAAACCGUUGCAAUAUCAAGCCCAUCACAGCUCGUCAAGGUCGCCAGGACUCUCAGUUCUAAACUUGAAGUGCUGGGAUUCGGCAACAUUCUCGCCUCCCAGGUCGUAAGGGUUUAUGACGCCUACAAACACUUUGGAAAACCUGUACCAGGUAACUUUUUGGACAAGAUUACACCAGAAUCCAUGGCGGAACUGUUGCAUGCCAUUACACGGGCCAUCCGAGAAGAAUCCAUCAUUGUUCGUAUUCGUGGCUCUCAGUCGAUGGGGCUUAUCUUGGCGAUUGUCACGAUAAUGUUUCCCGAAGAUGCGUUUGUCACCAUGGAGAAUGUGAUAGUCUUUGAGGGGCUACGGAAGUCAAUACUGGUUGAGUUUACGGACUCCGAUGGGUUCGUAAACUUUCAAAUAGAGUCGAAACUACAGAUCCACAAAACAGUCCCCAUUCUCCCGAUAGUAGAAGGCAUCAAGACACCUCCCAAUGAGGGGUACUGCUACAAAUGGACUGGAUGCAUGGCGGAUAUGCUGCAAGUUAUGUUUAUGGAAGACGGAAUGAUAUGCCCCGAGCCUCUCCGGAUUGCGUGUUGCGCCACGCUAGAGCCGUUGGCCAAAAAAUUGGACGGUGUUGACCAUCGAUCUGAUACAACGGGCUUCCGAAGAGGUCAUGGUGCCAUCAAAUUAUUGGGGCCCUAUCCUCAUGAGCGUAUAGACAAAAUCUGCCAGAAGCUCUGGAGAAUACCACCAGGUUGGGCUAAGCCUCCAUCAUCUGUGGAGAGCGCAUUCCAUGAUUUAGUACUGGCAUUCGAUGAGGCGACACCCACAGUCUCCUGCAGUUGCAUAACACAGACGCGAUGUUCUACGGAACUUGGCUGGCAGUUUCAUGACCAUCUCAGCAGGAAUUGGUCUUGCUCACUCUAUCGAUUGUGGAGUGCGGUUGGAAUGGCUAUUAGUUGUGGAUUCGCUUGUUUAUUUGUUGAUGCAGACGAUUGUGCAACCAUUCCAAAUCCAAUUGCGCUCACGUUUCGAUCGGCAUAUCUAAACAUUAUACUAGAUCUUCUGGAUCAGACGCAAGAUUUUUAUGCUAAGAAUGCUGAAAAUAAUAAGUAUGACUAUUGCGAAGUCAUCCACCGCUAUAUAAUGACGACCUGUACCAGGACGAACCGGGAUUUUGCUGGUAAUUAUGUUGCUGGUAGUUCGAAUUCGAGCACAGUCUACAUGGCAGCACUUCAAACGCCUCAACUUCCAAAUAAAAUGAAUGCCCCAUUUAUUUUAAUGGAAGGCCAGCUUGUUUUUAAUGGUCGAUACCACGCGUCGCUCAAGGCCGUUGGGCCAGUUAGGCCAGAUGCGGAAAAUAAUAUACACCAGGGCCAGCAAAUAACCCCGUCUAGUAUUGGAGAACACUCUAGUUUGGAGAUGACCAUAGUAGAGAGUAUUUCCUCCCUUGAAUUAACCUCGACUAUUCGUGUAGGAGGCGAAAUUGCGCAUCUCGUACUUGGGCAUACAAUCAUUGCUUCAUGGGCAGUUCGCGAGACAGAGCCAUGCGAUCACCCACCAGAUACGCCCUUGGAAUCACAGCACGAAGAUGCCGUGUUCACGACGUCUGUCGCAUCCCCCCUGGCAAGCAAGGGGAAGCUUGCGAUUGUGCAGGUUUCGCGAAACCCAGUUGCGCAGCUGUUUGCCUGUUGCCGUGGCCGACCUACACUAUUACAGGCGGAUUGCUGUCUGAAUUGUGCCUAUGAGGAGGCAGCCAAGAGAAAAUGUCAUAUGAUUUUAGUCGCAUAACAUUGUCAUAUUUCACUCAAGA